ACACACUGACAGACCCGACAAGAAAAGCGCGCCAAGCGAAAACACUAGCCAACUCUUCCACUCUCAGAGCCGAUUGUACGGAACCGCCACGACCACCGAGGAGCUGAAAUGCCAGAGCUUCCGGAGGUGGAGGCGGCUCGGAGGGCCAUAGCUGAAAACUGCCUCGGGAAGAGGAUCAAGAAGUCGAUCGUAGCCAGCGAUCCCAAGGUCAUCGAUGGCGUCUCCGCCUCGGACUUCGAGGCCUCUCUCUUGAGGAAAACCAUCGUCGCCGCUCACCGCAAGGGCAAGAACCUCUGGCUCCAGCUCGACUCGCCUCCUUUCCCUUCCUUCCAAUUCGGAAUGGCGGGUGCUGUAUAUAUAAAGGGCGUCGCUGUCACGAAAUAUAAGAGGUCUGCUGUAAAGGACGAUGAAGAGUGGCCUUCCAAAUAUUCCAAGGUUUUCAUAGAACUAGAUGAUGGAAUGGAGCUGUCUUUCACUGACAAGAGGCGAUUUGCUAAAGUCCGAUUGCUGAAAGAUCCAACAUCAGUGCCUCCAAUAUCUGAGCUUGGCCCUGAUGCUCUCUUGGAGCCUAUGACAGUAGAUGAAUUUGCUGCAUCGUUGAGUAAGAAGAAAAUUGCAAUUAAGGCUCUGUUACUUGAUCAGAGUUACAUUUCAGGCAUCGGAAAUUGGAUUGCAGAUGAAGUGCUAUACCAAGCGAAAGUUCAUCCUCUGCAAGUUGCAGCCACCCUGUCCAAAGAAAGUUGUGCAACUCUACAAAAAUGUAUCAAAGAGGUUGUUCAUUAUGCUGUUCAAGUUGAUGCUGAAUCUAGACACUUUCCACGUGGAUGGUUGUUUCAUUUUCGGUGGGGCAAAAAGCCUGGAAAAGUUAAUGUCGAAGUUGGAGCAGAUAGUAGCCAAUAUCCAAAUAAUUGGAUUUUUCACGCCCGUGAAAAGAAGCCUGGCAAGGCUUUUGUAGAUGGGAAGAAGAUUGAGUUUAUCACUGCUGGUGGCAGGACAACAGCCUUUGUACCUGAGUUACAAAAGCUAAGUGGAAGCCAAGCAGCAAAGGCAGUGAGUAAACAGGGGAAACAAAGUAACCGGAGAAAAGGGCGUCAGGAUGAGGGUGACAAGGAUGAACAAGAAAUUGAUGAAGGUGACAUUGCUGAAAAGACCACCAGAAAGAAAGAGAUGAAGCCUAAGGGUCCAGCUAAGAAGAAGAUUCCAGCUAAAAGAAAAUCUAAAGAAAGUGAUGGUGGUACCGAUGAAUCAGAACCUGAUGAAGAUAAUAUUGCUGGAAAUACCAAACCAAAGAAAGGGGUGAAGGCAAAGGGUCAAGUUAAAAAGAAGCUUCCAACUAAAAGAAAAUCUAUAAACGUCGAUGAAGAAAAUGGUGGUGGUACUGAUGAAGAAGACGAGGAUGCUGAAAAUACCAAACCAAAGAAAGGGCCAAAGGCUAAGGGUCAAGUUAAGAAGGUUCCGGCUAAAAGAAAAUCUAAAGAAAGUGACGAAGAAGAAAAUAGUGAUGGCACUGAUGAAGAAGACAACAUUGCUGAAAAUACCAAACCAAAGAAAGGGACGAAGGCGAAGGGUCAAGUUAAGAAGAAUCUUCCAGCUAAAAGAAAAUCUGAAGAAAGUGAAGGCGAAGAGAAUGAUGAUGGUAUGGAAGACAAUGAUGAUGAAGAUGACAAAGUUCAAAAGAAGAGAUCCAAGAAAGUAACAGAUAUACAUUCCAAGACAGGCAAGACGACCAAGAAAAAGGUGCAACCAAGUCAAACUAGCAAGAAUGUGAAAACAAAAUCGAAAUAGGUACCCACCCAAAUAUUUUGGGCAGCCAUGCAAGCCCAGUCAUGUUUUGGAAGAUGGAAAAUGGGAAUUUUGGUGUUUUCUUUCUCUGUAACUGUUCUUGUUAUUUAUUUUGUGUUGUAACUGGGCCAAUGUAUGUGCCUUCUGGUAGUAUUUAGUGACCCGUAUUUUGCACUCGAAUGAACUUGUUAUUAAGGAAACAAAUCCUCAUUUUGGUUGACCUAAAGAGUGGCAAUGCUUGCAUUCAGAAA